AUGGAAUAUGAAUCUGUGGACAAUCCGUGGCAAAGGGGACCCCUAAUCGCCUUCAAAGUUUCAAAGAAAUACACGAUUUUAGAUGACGUUCUUCCUAAACGCACUCUGAGCCAACUUUGUCGCAGCUUAGGACGCAAACUUGUCCAAUCCCGCCUUCGCCACGUGACUGAACUAUCUGAUAAUGGCAAAAACUGGUAUAAGCUCAACUCUGUGCCGAGAAAGAACUUCAGUAGACUUAAAAUCGGAAUGGAGCAGAAGGGGACUGAGUUGAAUGUUUUGAGAGGGUUUGAUAAUUUGUGGAUGAUGGUAAAUGACUCGCCAGGAGAUGUUUCAACCUGGCAGUGUGUUGAAAAUCCGACUUCUUUAUUUGUUGAUGUCUCGACUUGUGCCGGCGAAUACGUCGAUACUCUGAUGGAAGUUGAAUUCGGAAAGAUGCCAGUCCGCCUCUACGACUCAUAUUUCGUAAAACAACGCCAGAUACUGCGAUUCCGAUUCACCUUCGAAAAUACGGAAGGUUACGACAAUGUCCGAAUCUCCCUUGAUGAUCUUGCAAGCAUAAGAAUAAGGAAUAUUGGCGAAAGUAAUCUUUGCCUGGCGAAAUUUCUUCUUCAAGUGGAUCAUUUGGCCAUUGACUUGGUUGAAGAAGAGAGUGAAAAAAGUGGCAUCUUGCUGAUUCCAGCUGGAGUUUCUUUCACUGUCCCUUUCAAGCAAAUCCAACAGUUGCUAAAUGUCAAUCCUGCUUCUUGCUGCAAAAAUGCAACGGAUGAUUCUGACAAUAGCAGCAGCUAUCAGCCGGGAGGAGGACAUGUCGAUUCGCAGGGAUUUACUUACUUCGCUCAGUACAGAAAUCUAAAAGUUGGUGACGCUGGAGUUAUUUCUUCAGAUCAUGCUCAAGUGGACAGGCUAAAAUUUGAACGGCUUUCAAUAAGAAAGCAAAGAACAGAAUGGGAGUUUUUCUUGUCUCAAAGAUUCACCAAACUGGUCUUCGAAGUUCAAAACAUCUCUCUACCGUACUCCAGAUGCGAUACGGAAGAACCUGUAUUUCUCAACAAUUUCUUGCGUCUUUCAAAAGGGAUCGGAAGCUCGCAAUCCCACGAAUACAUUUGUGAGGAGGUGCUUAGGAAGCAAUCGAAUCGUAUAGUUUUUGGUCAGCCACUGCAAGAACCAAUAACGGUUUCUCAAAGUUUCUGCGGAAAAGAUGGUGACCACGAAGAUCCUUCUCAUCAUCGACCAAACAUUAGACUAGAUUACCUUCCAUUUUGGUCAUUUUCUAUUGAAAACUUCGACAUCAGUUUACCCUCACCGUUAUGCAAGCUUGAUGAAUGCUUGAUAGACCUUCCUGACUCAGCGGAAAGGCUGAAUUCUGUAGAGAUUUCCUGGCUCAGCCAUGACACUGCUUGUUUUGAAGGAAUCGAACUCGAAUGGAAGCCAUACAAAAUGGAACCACAAAGAAUAAUUAUGAAUGAUGAGAAAGUUCUUCUUUCUUCAGCAAAGAAUCAAGAACAGAAUCAGAAAUUCUACACUGGGAUCGAUUGGUACUCGUCUAUGUCUCCAAAUCAGAAUACUAAGUCGUCGUUUUACCGCCGACGGCUUUUCACUGAGAAUGCAAUUGGACAGUGUCAGGUUCCUGUCGGCUGGACGGCUGGUGGAAAACUUACGCUUGGUGGAGGUAGAGAGUGUGCAACCAUCAUAAAAAGUCUUGGGAGAAAGAAUAGAAUUCUAAAUUUGAAUGGGCGAAUGCUGAAAGAGUGGUGCCAACUUAGAGCCUUCAGCAUUUUUGUUUGUAAGGAUGAAUGCCAGUCGUUAGAAAUAUGCGAUUCUGGAUCUGAGAUGGUUCCAGAAGUGACGAAAAAACUCGACAAGUUUUCGGGGAGUCUCGUGAUUCUCCAGGAGGCAAAAACUGACAUACUGCUUGAUCUCCACUUCACAGAUGAGCGUGAAGCGGAAAUUGUUCUGAGAAACUGUUAA